GACUCGGGGCAACUGGCAAGCUUCGUUUUCCUUCCCCUAUUUAUUUUCUGGAAACCCAUUUCUACCUUUUCCCUCUCUCUCUUUCCGUUCUCAUUUUCUUCUUUUGUUAUUUUUUUUUUCCUUAAAACUUUUUUUUCGCUUUUUUUCUUCCGUCUCGGCCAUGUCGACGGUGGCGGAGAUGGAACCUCUGACGUCCGGCGCGAGCAAUCGCAUCAUCCCGAUCCUCAGAGUCCUGAGGAAAUCCCUCAUUUUCAUCCAAUCGAUCUUCCUCGCCCUCCUCCUUGUCCUCUUCCCGCGCCGCCGACCUUCUUCUUCGUCUGCGUCGGCGGAUUCGUCCGCCUCCUCCAACUCCUCGAAGCGCCGAUCGAUGUGGAGGCUGGAGGAGGAGGAUACCUUGCGGAGGAGAGCCCUUGCCGAGGUCAUCGAUAUGACCGUCGACGGUGACACUCGGUGCCGGUGGAGCACCUCUUUGUUCUUCGGCGUGAAACGGAAUGCUCUGUUCUGCCGCUCCUGGUUCCCGCUUCACGACGAUUUGAAGGGAAUUUUGGUCAUCAUCCAUGGGCUUAACGAGCACGGUGGAAGGUAUGCUCACUUUGCGAAGCAGCUAAACUCGUCGAACUUUGGAGUCUAUGCUAUGGACUGGAUAGGUCACGGUGGAAGCGAUGGAUUGCACGGAUAUGUUCCUUCUCUCGACCAUGUCGUUGCAGAUACUGGGGCUUUCUUGGAGAAGAUAAAGUCUGAUAAUCCUGGAGUACCGUGCUUCCUUUUUGGUCACUCAACUGGAGGAGCUGUGGUUUUGAAGGCAGCUUCAUAUCCUCGCAUUCAAGAGAUGGUGGAGGGCAUUGUGCUAACCUCGCCUGCUUUGCGUGUUAAGCCUGCACAUCCAAUUGUUGCGGCUCUGGCUCCUAUUGUUUCGCUGGUCGCCCCAAGGUUCCAGUUCAAAGGAGCCAACAAGAGGGGCAUUCCAGUCUCGAGGGACCCUGCAGCACUGCUGGCCAAGUACUCCGAUCCAUUGGUCUACACCGGUCCCAUACGAGUCCGAACGGGCCACGAGAUACUACGCAUCUCAUCCUACUUGAUGCACAACAUCAAAUCCGUCACGGUUCCAUUCUUUGUUCUUCAUGGAACGGCUGACAGAGUCACCGAUCCCUUAGCAUCACAGGAUCUCUACAACGAAGCCGCCUCCAAGUUCAAGGACAUUAGGCUCUACGAAGGGUUCUUGCACGAUCUCCUCUUCGAACCGGAGAGGGAGGAGAUUGCCCAGGAGAUAAUCGACUGGAUGGAAACGAAGCUAGCUGCUGGGUUCUGAAGAAUAAGUAAGUUUUUAUAGACGUUGGGUAGACUAGUUUUGCAGAUGCGAAGUAGGUGCAACAGCUGCUAUCCUACAAGAUUUAGGAACCCACAAGGCUGCGUUUGGCAAAACGUUUGUUUCUUGGCCUUGAAUGUGACAGUUUCUUUCUGUAAAUUCUAUCCUACAGUCGUAAUAUCUAUUUUUUUAGCUUCUACACUUUGCCAACUGUAUGUAAAAUUGUCUUUCUGCUUCUGCUGAAACUAGUAGCUGAAGAACAGUAUAAAGACACUUCCUUUCAGUUGAAAAAAAUGUAAAGAGCUCAAAGGCUUUUUGUACUAGGCUUUGAAUUUACGAACCUCCAGCAGACCCAAUCCAAUAUCUUCUUAAGCUCACCAUGGGCCGUCUUCAAAGGCCCACUACUCAACAGAUCCAACCGAAUCCUCCAUUUUCCGGGCCGCGGAUACCAGAACCAACUCAUACU